CUUCUGAUCCCUGUAGGAAGGGGAAGCAGGAAAAGAAAUCUCAACAUGGAAAAGGUCUCCCAGGAAAGCAUAGGAGAAAAGCAGGCUGCAGUGCAGAAUAAAGAAGAAGCCCAUCCUUUGGGAAGUGGUGAAGGCCAGGAGCUUGGAGGAAAUAUUAGAACAGGUUGGGCCUCACCUGCCCAUGAUGUUAGACAGGAUAUGCCCAAUAGGCUUGUCAGUAACCUUGAUAUGAUAGAUGGAGUUGCUGAUGAUAUGGAACGGUUCAUGGAGGAGAUGAGAGAGACAAGGAGGAAAAUUAGGGAGCUUCAUUUGAGGUACAGUUUGCACAUUCUUAUAGGACAUCCCCCUCAUCCUGACUAUCGUGAUGAGUUUUAUCUUCUGCCUUGAAUGCUGAGGUUAAUAUUAAUAAUAAAACCUCCUGCUUCCCAAAGUAACGUUUUCUUGAUGUACCCUUUGCUGUGAAUCUGGUGUUCUGUCAUAUUUCUUUC